UCCUCAGGCGUUCAGGUUCGUACCUGCAUGCAGUAAUAUAUACAGCAGACUUCCGCUGUGGCUCUUUGCUUAGCAGUUGUCUGUGUGUAAGAUCUACAGUGAAUCGUCUCCGAUAUUAAAAAUCAUGGCAUCAGAACAGGAACGAGCUGAACUGGACGCCAGGGCCAGGCAAGGAGAGACGGUGGUCCCGGGCGGCACUGGUGGCAAGAGCCUCGAAGCCCAGGAGCACCUCGCUGAAGGGAGAAGCCGAGGAGGGCAGACUCGGAGGGAACAGCUAGGGACGGAAGGGUACCAGGAGAUAGGGAGCCGGGGCGGGCAGACUCGGAAGGAGCAGCUGUGCAGAGAAGGGUAUCAGGAGAUGGGCCGGAAAGGUGGGCUGAGCACUAUGGACAAGUCCGGCGGAGAGCGUGCUGCCGAGGAAGGAAUUGAGAUAGAUGAAUCCAAGUUCAGAACUUCCAGAUGAACGAUCUGAAGGAAAUAGUCAUAUAUAGUUAGAAUCAUGAUCCUCCCCCCCCCCCCUUCACACACAUGGUAUCUAUGUUAUAUAUGUAUAUCAAGUUCGUCCCAAGUCAUGUUAUAAUGUGUCGUGUGAUAUUCCUAAUUAACGAGCAAAUGUUUGAUAUGGUUGUUUUUGUAACUCCUAGUUUGUUGUAGGUGGUGUGUAAUAGUUAGUACUGCUAUUGAGGGGAGUGUAUGCUUGAUUACUUUAAUUUGAAAUACUCACAUUUUAA